GGAACUCAGAACAGACUGUCGCCCAACUUUCCACUACUGAGGCGAGCUGGGGGGCACCGCGGAAGACAGCAGCCGUCCAGCAGGAUCCAGAUGACCAUUUUCCUUUGACACUCCCUCAGUCAAAACAUAGCGACAAUGUGCCGCUAUUUUGUAAGCUGUCAAACCACAACCUGCAUUGAUUACCAAAGCUGAGGUAAACUAGAAAAUAUCAAAAAAGACUACUUAGAAUAUUUUCUUAAAAUCAGAUGCCAAAGGAACAAGGAACAUUUAUCUCGGACAUCCCCUUUAUAACUGAUGGACUUAAAUUAGUGGAAAUUUCAGUGUUGCAAGUGUCUCCACACUUGCAUUUCAUAUCUAAGGACAUAACUAAAUAUAAAGUGCAAAGCUAUUGCACUUGCAACAUAAGUGCUCAAAUAUGGCCACCACAGCCAACAUGGAAGUGGCAGACAUCAUCAUUGUAGCAAUCUACUUCAUCCUGGUGCUAUUGAUUGGCUUCCUUGCCAUGUGGAAAGCCAGUCAGAGCACAGUGAGUGGCUACUUCCUCGCUGGUCGCUCCAUGAACUGGGCGGCUGUAGGGGCAUCUCUGUUCGUCAGCAACAUAGGAAGUGAGCAUUUCAUUGGACUAGCUGGAUCAGGUGCUGCUAGCGGGUUCAGCGUGGCUGCAUGGGAAUUAAAUGCUUUAUUACUGCUCCAGUUGUUAGGCUGGGUGUUUAUCCCUGUGUAUAUUCAGGCCGGUGUCUACACCAUGCCGGAGUACCUGUCCAAGCGGUUCGGCGGGAGGCGACUAAAGGUGUAUUUUGCUGCAUUAUCUCUUAUUCUGUAUAUCUUCACCAAGUUGUCCGUGGACCUCUAUGCCGGAGCCUUGUUCAUUAAGGAAUCCUUAGGAUGGAACCUCUAUCUGUCAAUCAUCAUCCUCAUUGCUAUGACAGCUUUGCUGACAGUCACAGGAGGUCUGGUCGCUGUCAUCUACACAGAUACGGUCCAAGCAUUCCUCAUGAUCGCCGGGGCACUCUGCCUUACAGGCAUCAGCCUCUUCAAAGUGGGAGGACUUGAAGGUAUGAAGACAAAGUACAUGCAGGCUACUCCAAACAUCACUGCUAUCUUGCUGUCUUCAUCCAACCUGACGUUUUCUGAAUCCUGCUUCCACCACCUAAACCCAAAGCAAGAUGCCCUGAAGAUCCUUCGAGGACCAAGGGAUCCAGACCUGCCUUGGCCCGGUUUCUUACUGGGCCAGACUCCUGCCUCUAUUUGGUACUGGUGUGCAGAUCAAGUGAUUGUACAGCGGGUUCUGGCAGCGAAAAACAUUGCCCAUGCCAAAGGUUCUACUAUCAUGGCUGGCUUUCUGAAAAUACUCCCAAUGUUCAUCAUUGUCAUUCCAGGCAUGAUUUCCAGGAUCCUCUUUGCUGAUGAGUUGGUAUGUAUCAGCCCAGAGCAUUGCAUGGAAGUGUGCGGUUCUGCAGCUGGCUGUAGCAACGUGGCUUACCCACGGCUCGUCAUGUCAGUGAUGCCUGUUGGCCUUCGUGGUCUGAUGAUGGCUGUCAUGAUUGCAGCUCUAAUGAGUGAUCUGGACUCAAUCUUCAACUCAGCAAGCACCAUAUUCACAUUGGAUAUUUACAAGAUGCUGCGAAAGCAGGUGUCACCCAGGGAGCUGGUGAUAGUCGGCAAGUUGUUUGUGGUUUUCAUGGUGAUCAUCAGCAUUGCCUGGGUACCGGUCAUUAUCAAGAUGCAAGGAGGCCAGAUGUUCUACUACAUCCAAGAAGUAUCAGAUUACCUGACUCCACCCAUAGCUGCUCUCUUCUUGCUUGGCGUCCUGUGGCGUCGCUGCAACGAAACGGGUGCCUUUUGGGGUGGUAUGGUGGGGUUUGCCCUUGGAGCGUUGCGUCUGGUUUUGGCAUGUGUUUACCGCGAGCCUCACUGCAGCCAGCCUGAUGAGCGGCCAUCUUUCAUCAAAGAUGUUCAUUUCAUGUAUGUGGCAGCUAUCUUGUUUUGGUUGACGGCUUUGGUGACUGUAGUUGUAAGCCUCUGUACUCCUCCACCCAGAAAAGAACAAAUCAGAACCACUACUCUGUGGGGGUUAAACAAGAGAAAGAGGCUAAAACAGCAAGAAAAUGAGAAUGCAGGAGAAGGCAUCAAUGCUUUGAAGCCUCUAAAUCAUGUAAGCCUAAAUGGGAACCAUUUCCUCAGUAAAGAAAAGUGUCAAGACCACCUAAACAAGCAGGCCAAUCAUGAAAAUUCUCAACCAAGCAAUGGUCAUGCUAUCACAGCCAGCGAUAUAGAAACUCACCAUCCAGUUCAGAAUGGUUUCCACUCAUCAAUUUGUGACCCUAUAAAGGUAGAAGAGAGAGGUGUGAGGGAUGUGGAGGAGGAAGAGGAGGGCGGCUUUGGAGGAGGUGGAGUGGAAGGUGGGAGGUGUGUAAAGGUUUUAGAGUGGUUCUGUGGCUUCCAGGAGAAGCCAUCCAAAGCUCAGGUCAUUACAGUCCAGGAACAGGAGAAGAUUGUGGAUGAGCUUCUCCAUGAACCUCCACAUACCAGAAUUAUUUUGAACAUAGGACUGGUGGUGAUUAGUUCUGUCGGGGUCUUUCUCUUCAUCUAUUUCUCCUUAUAGGCUUGGUUAAUUCCAAGCAGUGGGCCACGUUUGUCCUCACCUACAAGGUCUGCAGGUAAGCUGUCCUUCAGUUUUCUCUCAACUUUAAACAUGAGCAUGGUAUUACAGGAAAACUGGUAUUUAUUCUCAUGAGAACUUUUUGUCAGAUUGCAAAUUACCAUGUUUAAAAAGCCAUCUGUGUACACUGUAAAGGGUUCUGUUUGUCAUUUUGGUCCUGUUUUUUUUCCUGCAAAAUUAGAUUUUUGGGUAGAGAUAUGCUCAGGAUUGAGUUCAGGAGCCACUUUUUAGAAAGAGGUUGUUUUUUUUGUUUUUUGUUUUUUUUAACAGAAGUGAGUACUUUGUUGUAUAUUCUAAAAUAUAUUUUCUACACUGUAUGGUGAUAACUGUGAAGCAGGCUUCAGUGUGCUUCAAACAAACUUGUUCGUAGAAAGUGUGGAAUAUGUCUGAAAGCAAAAGUGUCGAAGAAAUGAUCACACUCAAAGGCAGGCUGAGAGUGUGUGUGCUUGCUAUCAUGAAGAGGGGUGAGACAGUUAAUUUUAUAAAUAAUUCUGCAAUGUAGGGCAAUAAUGACACCUGACUGGAAAAUUGGCAUCAUCAGCUGUUUAUCAAAAAAUUAUAUAUAUAUAUACAGUAGAAGUGCCACCUUUCAACAUUUAGUUUCAUUUUCGAUGUUGGUAAUUGAUCUCUGAGACUUUUCUUUUUAUGGAUUUGGACUCCGCAACUAGCCUAGCUAGGAAGACUCAAUACUAGUAGCCACCGCUAUUGUGAUUCAACAAAAAAUAGAGGAAAUAGUGCCAGGUCAGGAGGUAACAUGUUUUUACUUGACAAAAUGUUCAAACAUUUUUUCAUUUGGUGAUAAUAAUUUCCUUAAAUUCCUAAAAAAAAAGAUUUUUUUGUUAAAGUCAUAGGGAUCACCUGGAGAGGGGCUAAAGAGCCUAUCCCUGUUUAAGGUCUAAUUCUUUAAUGGUCAUUUGACUGUGACAUUAUGUUCUUUUGUUGAGUACAGCUAGGAUAACAAAUUCUUGAGUUAACGUGAUUGUCCUGAAGAAGUUUUCAUGAUAUGGAAAUUCAUAAUGAUUGUGAAUUUUAUUGAAAUUUACAGUGAAUAUGCCUUUUCAUUUUCCUGGAAAUGUAUAAAUGAUUCUAUUAUAUUUAGCUUAUAUUCUGUCUUUUAUAUUGGAAAGUGUAGUAAUUUUCAACAGUUAGGGAGUAACACCUUGUUAUUAUAACACAUGCACAUGAUACAUAUGUGCUAGUGUUAAAACAAACUGUUAUAACAAAUGCUAUAACACAUGUUCUAAGCAUACAAGGAUGUCUUGGGAAAAUUAGCAUUUAAUGUGUUUCUUGUGCCUUGUAAUGUGUUUUUUUAUGGUCUCUUUAUGGUGUUCUUGUGUAAUUUGUAAUUUGUAAUUUGUAAGAAUUGAUGUUAAGCCUAAAUUCAGAUGUGGAGGGGAGGACUCUGAAUGAGUUCCUCACACUUUCCUCCUCUCCUAGAUGGGUCCAGUGAAAAUAAUUGCCUUAUUGUAAUCUUUUAACACUGUCCAGAUAAACUGAAUAUAAAUUUAGAACCUGUUCUAUGCACGAGAAACUGAUUAAGUCAAGGCAAAUAACUUGAUAUUUCUCAAUGUGGCUAUUGUAAGGAUUUUCUCAGGAAAAGGCAGUUUUCCUCCCUCAUCUGACUGUAGGGAGUUCUUGCACCAUUGUUUUACACCAUUUUUUUACACAAUAAAAAUAGUUCAAUAUCUUGGUCAAAUUAAGUUUCAUUGGCUGUAAAAAGCUUGUACAGGGUCAUC